AUGGCCACUGAACAAAGUUUCUGGGCUUCUGCCAAAAAUUUCUUCUCAUUCGGCCCAAAAGUCACGCCAAAACCAAAAAUCGGAGAUCGCAAGGAAGGCCCAGUUGAAAUCAGCCAGGAAAAGAGGAGAUACAUGCCGGCAAAGCUGGUGAAUGCAGACAACACCUAUAUAUACGAGUUUGGCUCAUUGAACCUACCGUAG